AAUCGAGCUAGUUGUAGGGAUCAGCACCAUAGGGUUUCAGCCUCAUCAUGGACCCGAACAAGGUGCACAGACGCUCGAACGUGGUCUCUUUGCCCAGCAACAAGACGGUCAAGGAGGAAAGCGAGCUCAAAAUCUACGGGUUCAACAAGCUGACUACGAUGUACGAAGCAGCAAGAAAGAAGAGCGGCGUUGAGUACGACUUUGUCGCGCGUCACAUGAACCUGUCUGCGAAGACGAGCCAUGCUCGAUGGGUCGCAUACGCGAAGAAGUCGGAUGCAGCAUUCGAGGGCAAAGGCACGCCUAACCCAAGAGAGGCGCCGACGGCCAAGGCGGCAGAUGCUGGGAGCGCUUGCGGCAAGGUCGACAAGCUCUCACUGUUGCCCAGGCGAAGCGGGCCAUCGAACUCAGAGUCGGAGAAUAAGGACUAGGGGACGAAAGUGAGGUGUGGUGAACCCGCCGGAACCCUGCCGAUGCAGGCAUGCACAGUUGUGGUGGGUGCGGUGCUGUG